CAUUAAGAAUGCAGACGGGAGAACUUAUUGCUUUAAUUUUGACCCUCACAAUAGCUGUGGUGACUGGGGAACCUGGAUUCCUGCUGCACACACGUCGCAUCCAGGACAAUCCGCAGCAGAUCGAGCCGGAGGUGGAGGCUCUGGUGCGCAGCUCUUUCUACGCAGCAGAUCCAGUAGUCUUAUCCAUUCCCCGCUGGCAAGGAAACAGUUCCUCUCCGGAGAUUCCAGCCGUGGCUUCCGCGAGACUUCAGCAACAGGAUAGCAAUGUGAUCAGCGUGGAUCUUUCCGAAGCCAACAAUGAAACUGAGAUUGUUGAUAGCGUGGCCAACCUGGUGAUCCUUUUGAACAAGAACUUCGAUGUGCCACUCGACCGGAUAGUGAUCGUUGGUUUCGCGGAGGGUGCUCACCUGGCAGGUGGAGUUGCUGCCCAGGUGCAGCGGGAAUUGGGUCAACAAAUCCCGCAUCUUACAGUUCUUGAUCCUUCUUCCGGAGAAGAACUCGAGCACAAGCUGUCCAAAUCCGAUGCUGAGUUCGUAGAGGUUGUGCACACAAAUGCUGAAGGAGCGGGCACCUGGAAGCAACUGGGUCAUGUGGACUACUACCCUAAUGGCGGGCAAACUCAGCCGGGAUGCUCCACGGACUCCUGUUCGCAUGAGAGAUCCUUCCAGCUGCUUGCGGAGAUGUGGUCGCCGGAGAAUGACUUUGUGAGCGCUCUUUGUGGCUCCGUGGAAACUCUAGGUGCCUCAAGCUGUCGCUGGUCCUCCCACAAAAUGGGCCAGAAGGAGGAGGAACAGCCUGCAUCCGGUAUAUAUUUCCUGGAGACAACCCAAUCCUCACCCUUUGCCAGGGGAGCCUACUACAUCAGCUUCUUGUGAAGAGCAGAUCCAAUAAAUGCCAAGCGAAUAAGGAAAACAAA